UUCGGGCAGCGGGGGCAGGAGCAGCGGCGGUGGGAGAAGCAGAGGCAAUAGCGGCUGGUGCUUGGGAGAGAGGAGGUCGGGGAAAGAAAGAAGAGGGCGAGGAGCGCAGGGGAACGGGCUCAUGACUCAGUGAGCGGCUGCAGCAGCUCGUUUCCAGCCCAGCGCCCGGCCGGAGUCGGGGCGACCGUGUCGGAUUGUCCCGCAGCCUGUGUACGGUACCACCGAGAAAGAAAGCCCUGCGCUGGCCUGCAGUGCAGCAUCUGCCAUGUCUACAGAGGGGCAGAGAGUCGAUGAUAGUCCAAGCACUAGUGGAGGCAGCUCUGAUGGAGAUCAGCGUGAAGGUGUUCAACAGGAACAAGAAAGGGAGCAAGUUCAACCCAAGAAAAAAGAGGGCAAAAUAUCAAGCAAAACAGCUGCUAAAUUGUCAACUAGUGCUAAAAGAAUUCAGAAAGAACUUGCAGAAAUUACAUUAGACCCUCCUCCAAACUGUAGUGCUGGACCCAAAGGAGACAACAUUUAUGAAUGGAGGUCAACUAUACUGGGGCCUCCAGGGUCUGUAUAUGAAGGCGGAGUUUUCUUCCUUGACAUUACCUUUUCACCGGACUAUCCUUUUAAACCACCUAAGGUAACAUUUAGGACAAGAAUCUACCACUGUAAUAUUAACAGCCAAGGCGUCAUCUGCCUGGACAUUUUAAAAGACAACUGGAGUCCAGCGUUAACUAUUUCUAAAGUUCUCCUCUCCAUCUGUUCCCUCCUCACAGACUGCAACCCAGCUGACCCCCUGGUUGGAAGCAUUGCCACUCAGUAUAUGACUAACAGAGCAGAGCACGACAGAAUGGCCAGACAGUGGACCAAGCGAUACGCCACAUAGGAACCUACUCUAGGAUUUGCUGGACCUGUGCAAGCACAUUCACCAAGUGCAUCAAUAGCCCUUCCCUUCAUUCUUAUUUUUUAUUAAACUUUGAACCAUUUUGUGACAAAAGGUUGUCCUUCCUUUCUUUUUGGUUUUAUUUUUAUUUGUAUUUGUUUUGGGUUUUUUUGUUCCGUUAACUUGAAAGUCGUUUCCCUCAAAUGUAGACAGGGAAUUUUGGUUAUCAGUGCAAAGAAUGUUGGAUCUGUAAUAGUAUAGAGCUUUGUCACAAAGCUUUGUAUUAAUGUGUGGGGUUUUGGUUUUUUUCUUUCAUGUGGUUUUGGGAAAAACAAACAAAUUCAAAAUUAUAUCUCGUUUCUACUUAAAUGUAGUGUUUAGGGUUAUUUUUUUGUACUGAAGUCUUUAAUGGUGGGUGCAUGCUACUGGGAACAAGUUUUGUAUAAAAGCUUAAAAUCAAGAAUCACUGUGCAUUACUAAGACUGUGUUUAUCACUAUAGCCUUCUGUUUCCCACACAAAAGGCUAUUGUAUUGAACAAAUUAAUAUGUAUUUUGAUUUACUUAAAAAAAAGAAAAAGUGCUUGUAAAUUUCUUAGGGACCUGCCACUUUUGACUGUGGAUCAGUUGAUGUACACUUGUAUUAUUAAAGCACUCAAUAAAACACUGUGGCUGAUAAAUGUA